AUGGCCCAAACAUCAACAAUCUACUGCCCGCCCUUCGACCACCCAGACAUCUGGGCCGGCAACUCCACCGUCAUGCACGAGAUUGCCGCGCAAUUGCCCGACCCAGACGUCCUGAUCUGCUCCGUCGGUGGCGGCGGUCUGAUCAACGGCAUCUGCCAGGCCAUGGACGAUCUGCACAUGGAAACGACGGUGCUUGCCAUGGAGACGGCGGGCGCGGAUAGCCUCGCUACGUCGCUGCACGCGCGCGAGCUUGUUACGCUCGACAAGAUUACGUCGCAGGCGACGAGUCUGGGGUGCGCGCGCGUGACGCCUGAGACGUUUGCGUUUGCGCAGCGCAAGAAUGUGCGCAGUGUUGUUUUGCCUGAUGCGGAGGCGGCAAUGGGGUGUUGGCGGCUCGCCGACGACGAGAGGAUUAUGGUGGAGUUGGCGUGCGGAAUUAAUGUUGCGCUGUGCUAUGAUGGACGGUUGGAGAAGGCGCUGGGCAGGCCGGUGAGGCCGGAGGAUAAGGUUGUUGUUGUGCUGUGUGGGGGCAGUAAUGUUACGAGUAAGAUGCUGUGUGAGUGGCGCAGUGAGUAUGCGUAUAUUGAAGAGGAGACGGAGGCGCGGAGGAGUGAUUCGGCGCUGGGGAGUGAGGAUGAGGAGGAUGUGCCGAGUAAGGAGAGUAAGCCGAUUGUGCUGGAGGGCGUGGAGGUGGAGUGUCCUGAGGGGUGUGUGAGUUGUGCUUGA